UAUAAUUUAUAGGGGAGAAGAAGAAGGAAAAAAAAUUACAGAACAACGAAUUGAAUAGCUUCAAGUCAUGCAUUAGAUUUUUCCACGAAAUUGGCAGAUAGAAAAAAUCACUUUGAAUAUAAGAAAAGGACAAACCGGAUAGAGAGAAUAAUAAUGUUCGCAACCGGUUUCUUCACCAGUUUGCCUCUUUUCCCAACUUCUCUGCUUGCAGAAAGUUUAGCCAUUUUUCACUCUUACAGAAAAAAUAGUACUGAAAAAUCUAGUUCGUAGCUUUGUUGAUUUCUUCGAUCUGUAUGUUAUCUGAACAAAAUCUAUCUCUAACUUUCAUCAUCAAAUUUCCAUUCCAUUUAUAUAAAAUAUCUUUCUAUAUUUCCACUUUCGUUACCCUUCAUAAAUAUCCUUUUCCAACGUUUCCUGACUUUUUUUUUUCCUUCUUAAUUAUCAUAUGAUAUUUAAGGUUGUAGAUCUAACUCCAAAAUUUUCAACUAACUUUUCCAUUUCCUCGUCCUUCAUUUAUAUCUUUGUUUGAUCUGUUGUAGCUGUUUCUUUGUUGUCGUCGUCGUCGUCUUCCUUGAGAAAAGUUGAAAAUUUUCUGUCAAAUUUUGUUUCUUUAGAGGUGUAAUCAUAUACCCAUUUCUCAAAUCAUUAAAAUUUCUCUGUUUAAUUUCAAUUUUCAUCCAAGUCAUGUGAUUUUAACAUCUGGGUACGUCUCCUUUUUCAUGUUUUCAUACUAAAAUUAGGGUUUUUUUGUCAAAAAAAAAAUCCCUCUUUGGAAAGUUACAUGGAUUACGGUAGAGAAAAUGUAGUUCACGUAAUUCCGAUAAAUGGACCUGAAAAUUGGGUUCCAAAUUCGGGAGAUCCUUCAGUUUGGGCUACGGAAGAAGAUUACUGUGUUUGGAACAACCAUGAAACCUCCACCGACACACCUUCAAACUCCAGCUACGACCAAAGACAACCUCAAUCAUGGUCCAACUCCGAACAGCCUCCAAACAAGAAACAAAGAAACUCUUCCCAGGAAUUAAAUUUCAGGUCCAAAGCCAUAGGCAAAAUAUUUUUCAAGACCAAGCUUUGUUGCAAGUUCAGGGCUGGCACUUGCCCUUACAUUACAAAUUGUAACUUUGCUCAUAGCAUUGAAGAGCUUCGACGCCCACCUCCUAAUUGGCAAGAAAUAGUGGCUGCUCAUGAAGAAGACAAAGGGGUUUUAUCAGAGCCAAGAGAGGAAUUUCAAAUUCCUUCUCUGGGGUCUUCUAGUUUUUCAGGGGAAUCACAGAGGUCAUAUAAGGGAAGGCAUUGCAAGAAGUUUUAUACAGAGGAAGGGUGUCCUUAUGGUGAUAAUUGUACCUUUUUGCACGACGAGCAUUCGAAGAAUCGAGAGAGUGUAGCUAUAAGUUUGGGGCCUGGAGGGUAUGGUGGUGGCGGGGGAGGAGGUGCUGCUGGUGGCGCCGCUGGGAAUGGAUCGAAUACAAAGCCGUCUAAUUGGAAGACAAGGAUUUGUAAUAAGUGGGAACUUACUGGCUACUGCCCAUUUGGAAAUAAAUGUCAUUUUGCUCAUGGAGUUGGAGAAUUACACCGAUAUGGAGGGGGCCUUGUGGAUGUAGAAGCUAAGGAUUCUUCUGCUACCACUUCUGACUCAAAGCAAGGGGGAGGAGUGCCUUCUAAAACUCCUGUUGAUACUGUGGCUGCACCGGUCCCUUCCGUUACGCACUCAGAUGUUUAUCAUCUUGGGGUUCCUUCACAAAGGACAUCUAUUGUACUCCAGAGGCCAGGACAAAGAACUAUUCAGAAAUGGAAGGGUCCAGAUAAAAUCAGUCGGAUAUAUGGUGACUGGAUUGAUGAUAUCGAAUAAACUUUGGUCCUUCAAGUAUUGAAAAAAACAAAAAAACAAAAAAAAAAAGGAAAGAAGGGGAGAGCUGAAAUUCUUUGCAGUAAGAAGCUUUUCCUGGGAAAGUGAAUAAUUUAGAUAUUCCUUGGACGGUAGGGUCAUAUACCUUCAGCUUCUGCACUAGGGUAUUUUUUUCUUUGCUCACUUCAAGUCUUCAGUGGAUCCCUGGCUUAUUGACAUCUGAGCUGUAUCAUUCUUAUGUAUGAAUAUUCCCUCCCUGGCUGGGAAUAUGACGUUUGUAUUACUAGCUGUAGACUUUGUCCUUGUUAUGAAAUCUAUAAAUCAUUAGAUGACCCUUUUUAAUCUGAAAA